CCUCCUUCUUACCUUUCCCCCUCCCCCCGUUCUUUUAGCCGAAUUCCCUCCCUGUUCAAACAGGCUGCGGUUUGCCUGAUGUUAGUCCGACGCAGUUUUUGCCGGUUCCCAACGCCGUCGAGCUGGAUCUCGCGGGUUUCGCCAGCCAGCAUGCCUCUCCGCGCAAAGGUCACCAACCCAGCCUUUACGGCUCCUGCUGCCAAUAUGUCCACUGCCCCCAAGCUUAAUAAGGCGAGCGAUCCUCAAUCUUCUGAGCCCGAUGACGUCCUUUUCUACUCUCACUACGGCGUGCGGCUGGUCGAGCUGAACCGCCCGAAGAAGCUCAAUGCCUUGAACGGCUCAAUGGCUAUGAAGAUCCUUCCUCGCUUGCAGGAAUGGGAGAAGUCCCAGCUUGCCAAUGUGAUCAUGUUGUCGGGAGCCGGCACGAAGGCCUUGUGCGCCGGUGGAGAUGUGGCUUCCCUGGCUCUGCAGAAUGAGCAGGGACCCAAGGGACAGAAAGCAUCCGCCGAUUUCUUCAAGCUCGAAUACAUCCUCGACCACUUCAUUGCUACCUACCGCAAGCCCAUUAUCUCCGUGAUGGACGGCAUCACGAUGGGCGGUGGUGUCGGCCUGAGCGUUCAUGCCCCGUUCCGCAUUGCCACUGAGCGCACCGUCUUCGCCAUGCCCGAGACCUCGAUCGGCUUCUUCCCGGACGUGGGUGCUUCAUUUUUCCUGCCCCGCCUUGACGGCCAGCUAGGUACAUACCUGGCCCUGACCGGGCAACAGAUGCACGGCGUGCAGACCCUGCUCGCCGGCAUUGCCACGCAUUACCUGGAUUCGAGUGUGUUGAGCCUCCUGACGGCGCGUCUGUCGGAGCUGGUCUUCGGGGACCACGCCUCGCGGGCGCAGCGUCUGGACUUGGUCAACAGGACCAUCGCCGAGUUUUCGUCGAAGCUCCCGCCUGCGGAAGAGCAGGUGCGGACUUAUAAUGGCGGCAUUCGGCAGGCUAUCGACCGCUGCUUCAAAUUCGACACGGUGGAGGAGAUCAUGCAGGCGCUAGAAAAGGAGACGGAGAGCACGGGGUGGGCGCGGAAAACCCUCGAGCAGUUGUCAACACGCUCGCCCACCUCCCUCAAGGUGGCGCUGCGACAGAUGCGCCUGGGCCAGUCGUGGUCGAUCUCCGAGGCCUUCCAGCGUGAGCACCACAUGGCCACCCUGUUCAUGAGCCACCCGGACUUUGUCGAGGGCGUCAAGACCAAGCUGAUUAGCAAGAGCGGGAAGCCCGUCUGGCAACCCGCAACCCUGGCCGAGAUCGCCAGCAAGGAUGUCGACCGCUUCUUCACGUACUUCAAGGGCGAGGAGCCUCUCGAGCUGCUGAGCGAGCGCGACUACCAAGAGUACCCCUACAACUACGGUCUCCCCUCGGAGAAGGAUAUCAAGGAGUUCCUGAGCAACCAGAAUGAUCCUGAGAGCGAUGUGUUCAAGAACUUCCUCCGCCGGUUUGGAGGCAAGCCCGGUGUGCGUGAGAAGAUGGCCGACGUCAUGACCAGAAAGGUCCACCAAGGACCGGAGGGUAAGACCUGGAGCUAGAGAGAGAGAUUCCAAACAAUGAGAGGAAAAGAUAUGAAAGCACUAAAAGGGAGUAAUUCAUCUAUGGUUUGGGAUUGUGUAUAGUUCUUUUUUUUCUUUUGAGUCAUAUGGUGUCCUUUAAUUCUUCUGGCUUGAUUGAAGCUUUAUGUGGCCUGUGUAUUGAUACAGAUUAGAAU